CAUAUUAGCAAAAUGCCAAAAUUACAUUCUCCUCUAUCUGCUAUCAUUCUGUGAAUUAAUUCCUCCCUUGUUCUCUCUCUCUCUCUCUCAAUUUCUGCAUAUCUACUCUUGUGUGUAAACACGCACGCCGUAUUUCUCUCUUCAUUCGAUUUUGGGCAGCGUAAACUUUUACCUACUUUUUUGUGCGCGAUAAUAUCGUUUCUUUGCAGCUCGAUCUUUGUCUCAAUUGACUCCACGCACUCUAAUUAUUGAGCUGGUUUUUCUUUUGCUUUUCAUUUCUUCCAAGUUUCUUUUGACGGAAAAGGAUCUGCAGAAAUCCGAUUUAUUUCACAAACAAAGAUGAUCGUGAUGGGUUUUGGGCAACUGGGUCUUUGCCAAUUUUAGCAAUUCUAUAAUUUUGGCCGAAAGGUUGAUUUUUUCUGGCUUCGUAGGGUGAAACAUCUUUUUUCUUAACGAUUUUUUGGGUAUUCAGAGUCGGAGAUGUUCUGAAAGGAUUGCCAGCAAACUUUUGAGAAGACCCAGCUGAAUUGAGGGGGAAAAGAAGAAAGAAAGAAGAAAAAGGAGCUUGAAGACAACACCAUAACACAUGUCAACGGUUGCAAUAAAUGCUGCAAAGACUGAAUCAGGGUCGUGCUCAAGAGUCCCUCGUCGCUUUGAAGAUCUUAGAGGGGUGCAAUGGCGCAUAGAUUUGGGGAUUUUACCAUCUUGUCCAUCGGCUUCCAUCGAUGAUCUUCGUCGGGUUACUGCCAAUUCAAGGAGGAGGUAUGCUGCUUUGAGGAGGCAGCUUCUGGUUGAUACGCAUGCGCCAAAAGAUGGAAGUAGUUCUCCUGAUUUUGUGAUUGACAAUCCAUUGUCUCAAAACCCAGGCAAAUUAUCUCUUCUUUAUGUAUCAAUUUUCUUGAAUAACAUGGUUUGCAUGGAAGUAUACAGCAUGUGGGGUCGAUUCUUCCGAAAUGCUGAACUGGAGAGAAUGGUUGAUCAAGAUUUAACACGUUUGUAUCCCGAAAGAAUUGGCUAUUUCGAGGAAAGCAGUUGCCAGGCCAUAUUAAGACGAAUCUUACUGCUUUGGUGCCUUCAACAUCCAGAGUAUGGCUACAGACAAGGAAUGCAUGAGCUCCUAGCUCCCUUACUAUACGUCCUCCACGCGGACGCCCAGCGCCUCUCGGAAAUCCGCAAACUCCACGACGACGACCACUUUCCCGACAACUUCGACUACGGAAGCCCAGCCCGAACCCAAGCCCGCGCCCCCGACGAGCUCGACCCUAAGACCCGAACCCUCGUUCUGCUCAGUGACUCGUACGGCGCCGAGGGCGAACUCGGCAUUCUCGCGUCCGAAAAAUUCCUCGAGCACGACGCCUACGCAAUGUUCGACUCCCUCCUCCUCGGCGGCGGUGGGCCCCUCGCCAUGUCAGACUUCUUCGUCCACUUACCACCCUCUCGUGGGCCCCACUCGGGUUCUCCCCCCGUGAUUGAGGCCUCCGUCGCCCUCUACCGCCUGCUCUCGAAAACCGACCCAUCUCUCCACGCACACCUCGUCGAGCUCGGGGUCGAGCCGCAGUACUUUGCCCUCCGCUGGCUGCGCGUGCUCUUCGGCCGCGAGUUCUCGCUCGACAACCUUUUAUCCGUGUGGGACGAGAUUUUCGCGAGGAAGAAUACGAAGACUGAGAAUGCGAGGGAAGCUUUCGUGUGUGCUUUUGGGGUCUCGAUGAUACUCCACCUGAGGUCGUCCCUGCUGGCGACUGAGAAUGCUACCGUAUGUCUUCAGAGGCUGCUCAACUUUCCGGAAGAUGUUGAGAUUGAGAAGCUUCUGGAGAAGGCAGAGCAGUUGCAUGAGCUGGCAAUGAGGUCGAAUGAGCCGGUUAGGUCUGUGCUCGCGAACAGAGGCCAUAGCCUGUCUCUGGACUCGCCUCUGAGCAUGGUGGUCGACAGCUACUGGGAAGAGAAGUGGAGGGUUCUGCACAAGGAUAAGAAGGAAGAACAGAACAAGAAAGUGGAGGAAGAAGUUCCUUACCGUAAAAAGGGUUGGUCUGAAAACGUGGGGUUUCGCCUCUCGAGAACUGAGUCUGAUCCUUCCCCGUCGAAGAAGAAGGACAGGAACAGAAUCCCGAGGCCGUCUGUGAGAAGAAAUUUGCUGGAGGAUCUUGAACGGCAGCUAGGUUCGGAUGAUGGUCAAGAUGUUGUUAUAGAGUGCAAUCAGGAUAAUAACGAGCAUCUUCAAGAGUCGAUUGAGGUUAGCGCCGUUAAUAAUUGCGAAAUCGCAUCAAGCGAAGAGAAUUCUUCCAAUUUCUCAGACCCAGUGGGGUCCACGAAUGGAAACAGUGACAAUGAGAAUGAGAAUGAGAGCGAGAUUAGUGUUAGGUCGAACUUAUCAGUGGAUGAUAAUGAUUCUGUGUCGUGUGUAACUAAUCUGGAAUGUUCUCCACUUCCUCUCUCGGACCCACCUGAAGGAUUGUCUUCUCAAAUUAUGGAAAAUGGCGAGUCUUUGGAGAAAUCGGCAAUCGGGGCUCCGCCCAAGGAGAGAAAGGUGGUGUCAAGUAAAUUUCAUUGGCUGUGGAAGUUCGGUAGGAAUGGUGGAGAGGGGACAUCAGAGAGAACAAGUGGUUUUAUGGAUGGGAAAGGUUUAAAUGGUGAAGGUUAUGAGAAGACUGUGGGUGGGGUGUCGAGUUGUGGGACGAGCAAGGGUGAGACAGUCGAUCAGAACUUGAUGGUUAGCUUGAAAAAUCUUGGCCAAUCCAUGCUUGAGAACAUUCAGGUGAUAGAGUCUGUGUUCCAGCAGGAUAAUCGGAAUCAAACGGUAUCCUUGGAGAAUUUGUCAAAGAAUGGUCUCGUCGGGAAAGGACAAGUCACAGCCAUGGCCGCACUCAAGGAGCUUCGAAAGAUCAGCAAUCUUUUAUCUGAGAUGUGAAGCCUAUGUAUUCAUUUAAUUACAUCAUAUCUCCGAUUAUAUAAAAAUAAAAUUAAAAAAAAAAAAUGGAUUCCCUCCUUUUCUUGUAUCUAGUCAAUUUUGUGGGAUAUUACCUUAAACUCAGUGUAAAUACAGAUAUCCUGCUGUGUAAAAACAGGCACGAUUUAUUUGAUUCAAGUUAUCGGUUUUGGAUGUCAUGUUCGAAAUCAGCUAUAGAUUUUAGCUUGAGUUAUUUAUGGAUAAAAAGCUUUAGUUAAAAAUAAACGACGA